AUGAGAGAUUGUAUUGGCUUAGGAUAUUCAGAAUUGACCAAAGACUUUCGUACUUGCGAAGGCCAGCAGCCAAGUACUUUGCACCGUAUCAGACCAAUACCUACAAAAAUAUUUGUAAAGACCGUGAUUAUUCCCACUCAUUUUCAAAUUACGGUCAUUUUGAGUAGCUCCAUUGUGUUCUUUAGCGAAGUCAUAGUGGAAUCUAUUCUUUAUUGCUUUCAAGAGUUUUUGAUAUUCUCCAUCUGUUGCUGUUUCUUUACUGCCUCCGUUCCCAUCGUAUAUUGCAAGGGUAUUUUUGCUCUAAUUUUUAGUUCUGCACUUUUUUGCGCUUUUUUGUUUCUCAAUUUAUUUCUCAAAUAA